AAAGUGCACACACAGGAAAUUAAGUCUUCUUUUUAUGCAAUACCUCUUCUGCAUACAUUCACUUUGAUAUUAAAACGAAUCUCUGUUGAUCCCAGUUAUUUGAAGAUGAACACAACUGCCCCUCUGAUCCCGAACUCAACUACAGAGAGGGUGUGGGAAUCAGCAGUUCCGCCUGGUCUACAGUUCUUUCUAGGAGUAGUUGGAAAUUUAAUUUCACUAGCCGUCUUGUUAAUGUCCAGAAAUAGACACAAAUGGAAACCCUUUUAUAAACUAGUCUUCGGUUUGGCUCUGACGGACGGCGGGGGCAUUCUAGCAGUCUACCCCAUAGUGAUGAUGAGAUAUGCUUCCGACUUUACAUAUGAUUUUCCAACGCCCAUUUGUGACUAUAGCUCAUUCAUAUUUACAUUUACUCCAAUGUCUUCGGCCCUUAUUGUGUGUGCCAUGUCUUUUGACCGUUUCGUGGCUAUUCUGUAUCCAUUUAAGUACAACGUGGCUGGAAAAGAGCGACGAACAAAUAUAACGCUUAUAUCCAUCUGGAUUUUUAGCAGCUUUGUAUCCUCUUUGCAUUUGAUGGGUCUUGGUUCCAGUCAAAUUUAUUACCCUGGAUCCUGGUGCUUUUUGAAAUUCGUUGGAAAAACUACCUUGGACAGAGUAAAUUCCUUUAUAUACUCAAUUUUGGGAUAUGUUAUUUUGAUAACAACUAUAACCCUUAACUUGUUUGUCAUUGUUACUCUUUGUAAAAAUAUGAGAGCAUCCAAACGAGGACUUAAUCGGAAGGUAAAGAAAAGUGACGUCUUUAACAUGAUUUUACUUAUGGUCAUUGUAGUGGCAUUUACCGUCUGUUGGAUACCACUUAUUUCCAUAAUAUUUGCACAUGCCGCUAUGUGGGUAGAAGGAAAUGGUCCCAGAGAACUGUUAGUGCUCCGCUUUGCCGUCUGUAACUCAGUCGUAGAUCCCUGGAUUUACAUUCUACUGAGAAAGGAGAAUCUCCGAAUUCUCCAGAAACGAUGUGGUGCUGGUGGUUUCUGUGGCAAAUUUAAUUUAACAACUGAGAGUAGCAACCAGGAAGCCACGCCAUCCUCUUUUUCAAUGCAAAGCAUGUCAACGUAACAUACUUUCUUCUGUUGUAUUUUAUAUGCUGACAAUUUUCAUAACAAAGAAUCCAAUCAAUCUAAAAUUAUGA